AUGGAUAAAAUAGUGCAACUUUAUUUCAACAAAUUGGAAUUAAAUGAUGAAGUGAAGAAACUUAUUUUGAGCUGGGUCAAAUUUUUCAACAAGAAUUGGGAAUACUUGUUUAGCAUUGAUAAGGAUGUUAUUUUGAACUUUGAAUUUUUUUUAGAUAAUAAAAAAAUAAUAAAUAAAAACGCGCCUCCUAAUAAUGAAAUAUUUUUACAUGAACUUAAAAAAAACCCAGAAAUCGUUUUAAAAUUUAUGAAAGUUGCAAUUCAUUUAUUAUUGUAUCAUGGUUUAGGAAUAAAUGAAAUAGAAGAUGAGGAUCAAAUAUUUAAGGAAAAAAAUAUUUCACACAAAAAACACAAAAAUAUGAGAGAGACAGAAAAAAGAAUAAAUGAUGAUGUAGAAAAUAAUAUCUUUUAUAAAGAAAAUGAAUCUAAAAUUAAAAGUUUCAUCCAAAAUGAAGAAGUAGAAAAAGUAAAAUCUAAUAAUAUUUUAUUAAAUGAUCUAAAAUAUGAUCGAUAUAAAGAUUCUGAAAUUUUUCGUACAUAUUUUUUUUCUACACAAAUAACAAUAUAUUUAUAUAAUUGGAAUAAAAUUAAUAAAUUUAAAAAUUUAAAAAGCGAAAAAGUUAAUCAAUUAGUUUGUUUAAGAGGAAGUGUAUUAAGAAUUUCUCCUAUACAACUAUUAAUAACAAAAAUUGAUUUUAUAUGUGAAAAAUGUAAAUAUAUAUUUAAAAUAGAAUUUAUAGAUGGUAAAUUUGAAAUACCUAAAAAAUGUCUAAUAAAAAAUUGUGAUAGUAAAAAUUUUGCUCCAAUACGAGAAUCAGCAAAAUCAAUAGAAUAUCAAAAAAUAAUUUUAAAGGAAAAUAAAAAAAAUACAUCUAAUAUUUACGAAACAGAUAAUACAUCUAAUAUAAAAAAUUUGUUAGUUACAGUUGAGGUAUCAAAAUUUUUUGUUAACACAUGUUUACCUGGAAAUUAUGUAGAAGUUUUAGGGAUACUAAAAGUUAUAUCUCAUAUUAAUAAUUAUUUAAUAAAUGGAAAAAAUUCAAUUUUUAACAUGUAUAUUGAUUGUAUUUCGAUAUUUUCAUUGUCAUCAAAAAAAUAUUAUAAUAAUAACACUUUUAAUAUCCAAAAAAUUAAGAACGAAAAAAAAAAAAUAUAUUCAACUCUUUUAUGGCAAUCUUAUAUAGACAAUGUUGAAAAAAAUAAGUCUAAUAAUUUGGAAUUACAAAAUAAUAAUAACUGCUCUACUAACUUAACAAAUAUAAACGAAAAAGAUUUACACAUGAAUCAAAAUUACGAUGAAAUAAAUAUAGAUGAUAAAGAAUAUAAAAUAGACAAAAAUAAAAAAAAAAAUGAUAAUUUUUUUAGAAAUGAAGAAAGCAUUCCCACAUUAAAUAUGUAUGGAGAUUUCUUGGAUAUGUUUGAUAUAAAUAAUAAUUACCUUAACAAUGAUUACAUAAAUAAAGUUGCAAACUCUAUUGAUAAAGAAAAUGAAUCACAUCAUAAUAAUUUGGCAAAUCCUUUAAUUGAUUUUGAUAAAAAUACUUUAAAUUUUAUAAAAGAUUUUGAAAAAUAUAAAAAUAAUAAAUUUUAUUUAUUAGUUAGUUCAUUCUGUCCACGUGUAGUUAUGAAUUAUUAUAUAAAAGCAGGAUUAUUGUUAAGUUUAUUAGGAGGAAAAACAAUAUAUGAUCAAUUUGGUGAAAUAAAAAGAAGAGGAAAUAUACAUUUAUUAUUAAUUGGUGAUCCUGGGUUAGGAAAAAGUCGAAUUUUACAAUAUAUAAGUAAUAUAAUAGAAAAAAGUUUAUUUAUUUGUAGUACCUCAACUAGUAUAAAUGGAUUAACUGCAUCUGCUGUUAAAGAUUCAACAAAUAAUGAAUAUUCUUUAGAAGGUGGUGCAUUAGUAUUAUCUGAUAAAGGUAUAUGUUGUAUUGAUGAAUUAGAUAAAAUAUCUUUAAAAGAUCAACAAUCUUUUUUAGAAUGUAUGGAGAGUCAAUGUAUUAAUAUAUCAAAAGCAGGAAUUGUAUGUAAUCUAAAAACUAGAUGCACUAUAAUUGCUGCAUCUAAUCCUAAAGAAGGAAAAUAUAAUUAUAAUAAAACAAUUUUUGAUAAUAUUAAAAUACCUUUACCAUUAUUAAGUAGAUUUGAUAUGGUUUUUUUAUUAGCUGAUAAAAUAUCCGAAGAAAAAGAUAUGCAUAUUUCAAAUUAUUUAAUAACAUCUACUAAUGAUACAAGAAAAAAUUCCUAUUUACAUGAUCAGAACGAAAAAAAUAAUUUUGAAAAUAUAAGAUGUAAUGAUGAUUCUACAUUUGUUGAAAAAGAUGAUAAUUUUGAUGAAUCUAUUUUUUUUGAUUUUCAAUAUAAUCUUACAAAUAAAUGUAAACAAAUUGACGAAUCUAAUUAUUUGCCAAUUGAACUAUUAGGAAUAUUUAUUAAAUAUUGUAGGAAAUCUUUAUUUCCAAUUUUAUCAAAUGAAGCAAAACAAUAUAUAAAAAAAUUUUAUAUACAUCUAAGAAAUGCUUCUAUAGCACAUAAUAAUAUAAGUAUCCCAAUAACAAUAAGACAAUUAGAAUCACUUAUAAGAUUAUGUCAAGCAAGAGCACGAGCAGAUUUAUCAAAUAUUGUAACAUUAGAACAUGCUAAAGAAGUUGUUGUAAUAUAUCAAAAAACUAUUUUUUAUCCUUUAUCUUUAAAAGUUAUGGAUUUUAAAGAAAAAAAAAAUAAUAAAGCUUCAAGAGGCAAAUCAGCCAAAGCACUUUCCGGAUUAUUUAAGAAAGAUAUUAUAAAGAUAGCUCAAAUAAGUGGAAAUAAAAUAAAUAACAAGGAUUUACGAAAUUUAGCUCAAUCAAUAAUACAAUCAGCCGAAUCGAAUAUAUCUGAUGAUGCAUUAAUUCAUCUUGUAAAUGAGGAAGGUUUUAUUUUAUAUAAAGGAAACCACUGGGAAGUUGACCUUUUCUAUUUGAAGUAG